AUGUUGGAGAACUCCAAAAAGUCGGAGGAGGUGUCGGAGACCGUGCGCCACCUCAUCAAGCUGCGUGGCUCAUCCCGCCUCCCGGCCCGCUGGAGAGAUCGUCGACAUGUGCCUUCUGGCCUGAGGGUCCAUCCAAACCUGGAGCACCUGAUCUAUCCUCUGGGGUGCACAGUAAUUCUGAAGAGAAUUGUAGAUGGCGAACAGGAGUUCUUGCAUGGACACACAAACAACGUGUCUUGCAUUUCAGUGUCCAAAAGUGGAUCAUUCAUCGCCUCAGGCCAAGUCAACUUUAUGGGUUUUAAGGCAGCAGUAAUUAUCUGGAACUACACACAACGAACAAUACAUGCCCAGCUGGAUCUGCACAAAGCUAAGGUGGAAGCAGUUGCCUUCUCCCCCAAUGACAAGUACCUGGUGUCUUUAGGAGGUGUGGAUGAUGGCAGUAUAGUUGUGUGGAAUAUCGAGACCAAGCAGUCCAUCUGUGGGAGCCCAGUUUCAGCCUACGGAACCGGUCACUGCCUCACUGUGCAGUACUCCAACACCAAUGACAACUUGUUUGUUUCAGCUGGGAGUGGAAAAGUACAAGUCUGGGAACUGAAUGUCACCGACAGAAAGAUCAGGCCUACGGAGUGCAACACCAGUAGACUGAAGAGGAUUGUAAAAUGUAUUCAGAUUUCUGAAGACGAUCAAUUCAUAUUUUGUGGCACGACAAGUGGAGACAUUUUGAAAAUCAACCUGAAGAUGGCGCUCCUGAACAGCCACGGUCCAAAUAAAACCCAGUUCAGCCAAGGUGUCAGUGUUCUCAGGAUACUCCAGUCUGGAGACAUGCUUGUGGGCUCUGGAUCCGGCACCUUAGCUUUGUGCUCAAAGUUGAACUUCAAAACUCUUCAGACAUUUCAGCUGGAAAAGGGGGUGACCUCCAUCGCUGGAAGAGAAGCAGGGCAACUGUUCUUUAUUGGCACAGAGGCUGCUCAGAUGUACCGCUUCAGUCUGGAGGAUUUCAAAGCUGAACUCAUCUCUACCAGCCACAGCACUGCUGUCAAGGACGUGGUCAUCCCUUUUGGAAUAUCUGAACUUUUUGCAACAUGUGGUGAAGAAGACAUCAGAUUGUGGCACAUAGAUAAGCCCAAGGAGCUGCUGCGUAUCACUGUGCCCAACGUGACCUGCAAUUCCCUGGACUUUAUGAUCGAUGGACACAGCAUCAUUAGCGCAUGGAAUGAUGGUAAGAUUCGCAUGUUUGCGCCAAAAAGCGGAAAGCUGAUGCUCAUCAUUGACAAUGCUCACAACAUGGGUGUGACAGCCAUCGCUGGCACCAGUGACUGCAAGAGGAUUGUCAGCGGAGGAGGAGAGGGACAGAUCCGCUGA